CUCAGGCAAGGACACCUGGUGGUGCUAUAAAAGCCCCUCCAGCAGCAAUCACCUGUGUCACAUUCAAUUCCAAUUCCUUGAGUUCAGGCAUAUCCUUCUUCCUUCUAUUCUCUGCUUUUCAUUUCCAUUCAAUUUGUUUUUUCCUUUCUUCUUUCUGGUUCUUUGGUAAUCAUUCGGCGGCAACAUGACUAUCCUCAUUCCCCAACCUGAGCUAAGCGAGGGCCAUAUAGACGAUUAUGAUGCCAAGGAGUUGGUAUUAGAUGGUGGGUUUGUGGUUCCAAAUAAAACUGAAGCAUUCGAUGCGCCAGUGAUCAAUUCAUUUGGCAACUCCUUCAGGGAUUAUAAUGCAGAGAGUGAAAGGCAAAAGACCGUGGAGGAAUUCUACCGACAGCAACACAUUAACCAAUCAUACGAUUAUGUGAUGAAGAUGCGAGAAGAGUAUGGGAAGCUUGACAAGGCUGUUAUGAGCAUCUGGGAAUGCUGUGAGCUCCUGAAUGAUGUAGUAGAUGAUAGCGAUCCGGACCUGGAUGAACCUCAAAUUCAACACUUGCUGCAAUCAGCUGAAGCCAUCAGGAAAGACUAUCCCAAUGAGGAUUGGUUGCACUUGACUGCUCUUAUCCACGAUCUUGGAAAGGUUCUUCUUCUUCCUCAGUUUGGACAGCUUCCUCAAUGGGCUGUUGUUGGAGAUACAUUCCCUCUUGGCUGUGCAUUCGACGAAUCCAACGUUCAUCACAAGUAUUUCACGGACAACCCUGAUUUCAAGAAUCCUGCCUACAGCACAAAGAAUGGAAUUUACAAGGAAGGCUGCGGGCUGGACAAUGUGGUGAUCUCAUGGGGGCACGAUGACUACAUGUACUUGGUGGCCAAGGAAAAUGGAACCACUUUACCACACGCUGCAUUGUUCAUUAUCCGAUAUCACUCCCUCUAUCCUUUACACAAGGCAGGAGCAUAUAAGCAUCUGAUGAACAAGGAAGAUGAGGAGGAUUUGAAGUGGCUCAACAUAUUCAACAAAUAUGACCUUUACAGCAAGAGCAAAGUUCUUGUCGAUGUUGAUGAAGUCAAGCCAUACUAUCAAUCUCUGAUCAAGAAGUAUUUCACGGAAAAGCUUAGAUGGUGAACAAUGACGUGGAUUAAUUGUACAUCAUGGAAAAGGCAGGCUGAUAUUGAUAAUGAUGGGCAUAAUGCAUCGGGAUUGUUUGCUGCACUUUACAUUUGAGUAUAUUAUUGAAGCGAAAAGUUGUUUGAGAAUGGAAAUAAAUAAAGAGAUGAUUUUGAUUGUGUGGAAA